UUGAAUCUACGAGGCUUCCUAAGUGUCCCUUAAAUUUGCAGUGGUUUUGAGUAUGUUCUUAAUGGCUGUUGAGCUUAAUUUAGUCCUGUUUUUUCCAUGCUGAUAGAUGAGAUGAAUAAGGAAGGGAAUCAGGAGUUCGGCAUUAGUGGUGCAAAUUCAGCGCAGGCAAAGACAUAAGUAGUCGAAUCUAUUGUCUCCAGAAUUAGGGUGAUAUGCAGAGAGCCCAUGAAGAAGUGAAGCAAGAGAGACAGAGAGAGUGGAUUACAGAUCAAGGAGAACGGGGGGGAGGAGGAGGAAGAAGAAGAGAUGCCAACAGUUUGGUUUGCCUUGAAGAGAUCUCUCCACUGCAAGUCUGAGCCGUCGGAGGUUCAUGAUCCAAAGGCCAGGGGGCAUCUUGGAUCCAUCUUGACAAGGAAAGCGGGAAGGUCUGGGUGCUCUAGAUCCAUAGCCAAUCUCAGAGAUGUCAUCCAUGGAAGCAAGAGGCACAUUGAGAAGCCACCGAGUUGCAGCCCGAGGUCCAUCGGGAGUAGUGAGUUCAUAAACCCAAUCACCCAUGAUGUUAUUCUUAACAAUUCCAGGUGCGAGCUGAGGAUAUCUGGAUUGGGAGCCGGCCAUGAGGGCGAGGCAGGAUUGGAUUCUCCCUGCGUUGGCACCCUUAGGCCUGGGACGCCUGGACCAGGAGGCCACCCCUCACCACUUCAAUAUAACCCUCCUCCAUGUGGCGGAGCUAGUAGCACUCCAGCAAGAAAAUGCCCUAGCUUCUCCGGUGACGGAGAAGACCAUGGCCCCGGGGGUUCAUCUCUCGCUACCGUUUUGCUUGGCCAUGGUGUUGUCGGACCCCAUCACGCCGCUUCAACACCAAGGUUCUCUCAUGAGAUGCAUUUGCAGAAGUGCUCUGCGGCUGUGACCUGCCACAAAUGUGGGGAGAAGUUUGUGAAGUGGGAGACCUUGGAGGCGCACCACCUAACCAAGCAUGCAGUUAGCGAACUUGUGGAAGGUGACUCCUCUAGGAAGAUAGUAGAAAUGAUAUGCAGAACAGGGUGGUCCAAGACCGACGGCAGCUGCGGACGGAUCGAGAGGGUCCUCAAGGUCCAUAACAUGCAGAAAACUCUUACUCUCUUUGAGGAGUACAGGGAAACGGUUAAGAUGAAAGCCAGCAAGCUGCCAAAGAAGCACCCUAGAUGCCUGGCCGACGGCAAUGAGCUUCUGAGGUUCCAUGGCACCACAAUUGCCUGUUCUCUCGGCACGAACGGCUCGUCUGGGCUUUGCGCGUCGGAGAAAUGCAGUGUUUGUCAGAUCAUCAGACACGGAUUCACCGGCAACGAGGAAACCAAGGGAGGGAUCGGCGUUUUUACGACUUCCACUAGCGGUAGAGCACUGGAAUCAAUCGAGACGGAUGAAGAUGAUACUUCCGUGAAGAAAGCGCUGUUGGUGUGCAGAGUCAUCGCUGGGAGGGUUCAUAAGCCUUUGGACAACUACCAAGAGCUAGUAGGUCAGUGUGCCUUCGAUUCGUUGGCGGGGAAGGUUGGUCUUUACGCAAAUAUUGAGGAGCUCUAUUUGCUCAACCCAAAAGCUCUACUUCCAUGCUUUGUGGUAAUAUGUAAAACCCUCAAGUAACUUCCACUACGCCUCUCAGUAGACUUUGAUAUUGAACUUUCCUUCCUCGACAAACAGUAAUUGGGCCGUCGUCUUGGUCGAUGAAUCCCACCUCCACAUUCAGUGCCUUGUCUCUGCGUCAGAGAUGUCAAAAUCAUACUGAGAUGUCUGUCUCUCGGGCGUGAAUGGCUUCACAUCGGCAUUUUGGGUUGCAUGCUCUCA